AUGAAUAGUGAACAGAAAAAUGAAGAAAAUGAUGAAGAACAAGUGAUGACAACAGCAACAGUAAAUUCAAAUUCUUCUAUACCUGCUAAUAAUGAUCAAGGAGUGAUCGAUGCACAUAUAGUGAAUGAAAAAACCGUUAACCUUGAAUCAAUGAAAAAUGACGAAAUUGAGUUGGAAUCGAUUGUCGAAACUGAUUCUCGCACAAAAAACAUAUCCUCAACGGAUGAUACAGUACCAACUCUAACCAUUGUCGAUGAUCAAUUAUCACAAAAUAGUACACAUUCUACUGUGGAAUACACAAGUACUAAUGAUAAUAAUGAAGAAUUGACAGUGUCAACACCAUCCACACAUUCUACUUCUCGAUUAUCGCCUUUACCAAAGACGUUUACAGAAACAGAGGAAAUAGAACAACAACAAAGCAGUGAUAAUUCGUCUGUUGCGACUAUUUUGCCUAAAUAUAAUACUAAUCGGAACGAUAAACUCACUGACUUACAAACAACAACAACAACAGCAACAAUUACGAAAAUCAAACAAAUUGAUCAAAAUGUAGCGGAAGAAAAUCAUCCAUCCUCUCAAACAGAUAAUACUUAUUCGAAUGAUAAAGAACAUGCAAAACACAGUGAUACUCAAAAUUUAACAGUGGCACACUCUCCUCAAUCCAUACGAUCAUCAUCAUCGAAAGAAAACUAUGUUGUUGGUCGAUUAUCACCAGUCUUAAAUGGACCCGGAUUAGCUAAACCUUUAAUGUCGAUAACGAUGCCUAAUUCUGUUCAUCAUAAUCAUAAACAUAAUCAUAAACAGUCACAACAAUCACAACAGUCGAAUUCAACAAAUCCUGCAGCUAAAAAACGAAUCGAUGCUGCGUUAGAAAAAAAUAUUGAAACAAUUGUUACCCAAGUAAAACGAACAACAACCAAACCGUCACAAUUAACACAAAAUGAUCUUGAAUUAUUCGAUUCAAAUGGAUUAUCUACGACGGCUAAAAACGUUCAUCAUCAUCCACACCAUCAAUAUCAACAACAUUCUCGUGAAAAUACACCAUCUAUUCAACAAUUGUCGUCUUCAUCUCGAGAAAUGACACCAGAUUCGAUUGACAGUUCAGCGGAUGAAUAUCGUGGUUAUACAAAUGGAACUACGAGAACAAAUACAGAACAGUUUAUUCCUCAUCCAUCAAACGGAGGAGGAAUGUACGAUAUGAAUUCAAUUCCUUCCAGUUGGCAAUCACCACCUCUUUUGCCACCUUAUCAUUAUCAUCCAUACUUACCAUCACCGUACGGACUACCCGUUCCUACACUACAAACUCCUACAAAUAAUUAUUAUAAUAAUUCGUUACCUACACAAUACGAUUCCGUCUUACUCGAACGAUAUGGUCCGGCAGCACUGGCCGCGUUUGCUGCCGUACAGCAACAACAACAGCAACAACAACAACAACAACAGCAACACCAACACCAACAACAACAACAACAACACCACCAACAACAACAGCAACAGCAAAAUUCUUACAUUGUACACCCACAGCAUCUAAAUAUUCUCUCACAACAAUCUCAAGAACAUUUGUCAGGUAAUACUCAUUAUUCUCAAAACUGUUUUAGAGAGACAAUGUCAUCGCCACUCAUAAAUGAUUCUCUAAUAAAGACUCCGACAGUUUCUACUCUAAUAACUGCUACUCCUAUUACUACAACUAAUAAUCAUCAACAUCAUAGUAAAAGAAUCGGAAAAAAAUCGUCUGGAAAUAAUAGCAACCGUAUUGCAAACACGAAUGACACAAUUCGUGCUGGAACACGCGAUCGACAACAGUUGACAUCUAAUGAACUACCAUCAUCGAAAGAAGACACAAAAAUUAAUAAUAAAGUAUCGGAAAUGAAUAGUGAAAAUAGAAAAUCUCCAAUAGAAAUACGUAGUGAACAAUUACUUUCUCAUCUGUAUUUAAAUCAAAUAUCCUCUUUACCGUUUGUGACAUUGUACGAUAAUACACCGAUAAACAAUAAUAGUAAUACUUUUCAAAAAUCUAUUGAAAACUAUCAGCAACAAUUUACAACAAAUAGUAUUCCAAAUGGAUUAUGGAAGAAUGAGUACACACCGGCAAAAGAUCAAGGUUCAGUGAAAUCGUCUUGUAGUGGUGAAUCUAUGAAAUCCGAUUCAACAGCAACAAGAAGAAAAUUGGUAAACAAUCGUAACAGUCAUAAUUCUCCGAUGACAAUUUUACAAUCGUCACCAUCGUCACAGAACAAUCAGACUAUUAAUGAUAAUCUUAAUAAAAUAUCACCAGAUUUAUCGUCAGAUUGUGAAUAUAACGAUACAGAUAGUAUUAUAUCAUUUGAAAGUCAAAAAUCAGGCACAACGGAUGGUUUAUCAGAUGAUUGUGUGAGUGAUGAUAAUAACGAUGAAUUAUCUUCUUCGAAUGAUCAUCGUAAUCGUCAGCAACAACGUCAGACGACACAUAAGUCGGCUCGAAGUGAUUUUUUAUUCGAUCAACAACAACAAAUGCCCCCUAUGCUCUCUACAUCUCAUAAACAAAAUUUUAUGAAAGUAAAUACUUCAUCAAUGAAUACGAACAGUGAAGAAAAUUUAAAUCCACGUCAUACUAAUCGUAAUAAUCACAGACAACCGACUAAUUCUAAUAGUCCGUCGAAUGCCGUCGUAUCUCCAACAUUGUCUUCCAAUAAAAAUAAUCUUUUCUCAUCAUCAACGUCGUCAAAUUCCUCUUCCGUAUCUCUUCAAAAAUCGUUUUAUAUUCGACCACCACCGCCAUCAUCACCCCAUUCACACGACGAUAACAUAUUGACUAAUAAUCACAGUAACCAUUCAUCGCGAUAUCAAAUAUCAUCUCUAACCACAAAUUCACCAACAGGUGUUAACAAAACUAAUGGUGAUAUUAAUAAUGAAAAUCGACAUCCGUCCAAUUCGCAACAACAACAAUCUUGGAAUUCUACAAGUGCACAAAAUUCUCAUUCUCCAAACCUUAAAAAUGAAGAGGGAAAAAAUGUUGUAGGAGGCAUUAUUACAGCUGACACAGACGGAAAUAUUGCUACAGUUGAAAAACAAAAACCGAAUAAGAAUUAUGAUACCGAUGAAGAGACUGAUAAAUUGCUUAGUAGUGAAUAUCGUUCGGAUGCAAUAAAAAAUGAGUCAACCAAGGAUUCGACAGUAAAAGCAACUCAAUCUCAACAUCAACAUCAUCGACCACGUGAAAUAUUAACUCGUACAAUUGUUGAUCCCGAUAAUUGUUCAGUAUUAAUCGAAGGUGUUUUAUUUCGAUGUCGAUAUUUGGGUUCAACACAAUUAUUAGUCGAAGGAAAUCCAACAAAAGCUACGAGAAUGAUGCAAGCACAAGAAGCAGUUGGAAGAAUCAAAGCUCCACAAGGUGAAAGUCAACCAAGUGUUGAAGUUGAUUUAUUUAUAUCAACUGAGAAGAUAAUGGUGUUAAAUACAGAUUUACAAGAUAUUCUAAUGGAUCAUUCACUCCGUUCUAUAUCCUAUAUAGCUGACAUUGGAGAUUUAGUUGUUCUAAUGGCUAAACGGCGUUAUAUUAAUGCAACACCGACAGAUGAUAGUAACAAUAAUAGUACCGAUGAUCAAAGUAAUAAUGGUGAAACAAACAUUAGAAGAGUGGCUAUUAACCAAAAAAUGAUUUGUCAUGUAUUUGAAUCAGACGAGGCACAAUCGGUUGCACAUGCAAUUGGCCAAGCAUUUCAAGUUGCCUAUGUUGAAUUUUUAAAAGCAAAUGGAAUCGAUGAUCCAAGUUUUGCUCGUGAUAUUGAUUAUCAAGAAGUAUUAAAUCAGCAAGAAAUAUGCAGCGAAGAACUGAAUCGUUUUUCAAAAAAAGAAUGUCAAAAAGAAGUUAUUAUUCCAAAACAGAAAAAUGAAGUAUUGGGUAUAGUGAUUGUUGAAUCUGGUUGGGGAUCAAUGUUACCCACUGUUGUAAUUGCAAAUUUGAUGCCGGGUGGUCCAUCAGCGAGAUGUGGAAAUCUAAAUAUUGGUGAUCAAAUUAUAUCUGUAAACGGAAUUAGUCUUGUUGGUUUACCGUUAUCAAAUUGUCAAACACAAAUCAAAAGUGUCAGACAUUUAACAACCGUUCGACUCGUUGUUGUACCAUGUCCACCAGUUGUUGAAGUCUUAAUUAAACGACCAGACACAAAAUAUCAGUUGGGGUUUAGUGUACAAAACGGAAUUAUCUGUAGUUUGUUACGGGGGGGAAUUGCUGAACGCGGUGGUGUACGUGUUGGUCAUCGAAUCAUUGAGAUUAAUGGUCACAGUGUUGUGGCAACUCAACAUGAAAAAAUUGUUAGUAUGUUAUCAAAUUCAGUGGGCGAGAUCAUGAGUAUGGAUGGUUCGACACCCUCACCACCACCACCACCACCACCGCCACCAGCACCACCACUACCACCGUCACUGUCACCACUGACUCAACCGCUAGCAUCAAAUAAUGAAACGAAAACAAUUAUUGCACUCAUAAAAAAAAUAUUAUUGAAUACAAAAUUACAAAAAAAAAAUCGAUCAUUUACAGAUUUCUUAAAAAAUUUUUAUGACAGUAUACCCGCUGACGCAGUUGACACUGAAAAUUACAAUGAAAUUAUACCAAAUUUAUAUCUGGGUGACUGUCGAUUAGCUAUGAACAAAGAAGAUUUGAAAAAGCUUGGUUUUACGCAUAUUUUAAAUUGUGCGGAAGGUCGAAAAUACGGUCAGAUAAAUACGUGUCGAACAUAUUACGAAGAUGUUCAAAUUCAGUACACUGGUUUCAAUAUAAUCGAUAUUAUAACAUACGAUAUCUCAAAACAUUUUCAGGAAGCAAGUGAUUUUCUACAUGAAGCAUUGUCAAAUAAAAAAAAUAAAGUUUAUGUACAUUGUCAACAAGGCAUCAGUCGAUCAGCUACACUUGUUAUUGCUUACUUAGUAAGCAAAUAUAAUAUGACAUUAAUGGAUGCAAUCCAGUUAGUCUCAUCACGAAGAAGAAUAUGGCCCAAUGAAGGAUUUUUAACUCAUUUAAUUGACUAUGAAACGAAAACGAAACGUGGUCAAGAAUUAUUAAAAUCUGAAGAAGAUUUGCUUGGUUUGUCUUCUAAAAGUAUUAAACAAUCUUCUGAUGAGAAAGACAUGUGUGCAUCCGUAGUAAACGAACUUGUUACUUGUACAUUAAACGACAAUAAGAAUGAACCGCGCGUACUAUGCAAUGAUGAGACAAGAGAAUUUCAAUGA